UAAGUGACAUAUAAGUUUAAACACAAUAGUAGCAUAAUAGAUUAAUAGUAGAGCAAUUAAUAUGAGUGAUCUGAUGCCAACCUUGAAUGGUGUGGAUGAGAUCGAAACAAAAAAGUUUGCUCUUCCAGUGGAUGCAGAGAACAAGGCCACAGUCUUUCCACUCGUAUCUGUGGCAAAGCCUCAUAUGCGGGCCUUUCAUUUAUGCUGGAUACAAUUCUUCUCCUGCUUCCUGUCAACUUUUGCUGCCCCGCCUCUGCUUCCUAUCAUUCGUGAUAACCUCAAUCUCACACAAAAUGAUAUUGGUAAUGCAGGAGUAGGGUCAGUUUCAGGAGCAAUAUUUGCACGCGUUCUCAUGGGUACUGCCUGUGACUUGUUUGGGCCACGGCUUGCUUCUGCAACCCUAACCCUGCUCACUGCACCAGCAGUUUACCUGUCUGCUGUGGCAGACUCUGCACCGGGUUUUUUUGCUAUGCGAUUUUUCACAGGCUUUGCUUUAGCCACUUUUGUCUCAACCCAAUACUGGAUGAGCUCAAUGUUCUCUCCAACAGUAGUUGGACUAGCCAAUGGGCAGUCAGCCGGAUGGGGCAACCUCGGGGGAGGGGUUGCCCAAUUGGUUAUGCCACUAGUCUAUACUGCUAUCCUUAAGACAGGAGCCACAAAUUUUGUAGCCUGGAGGAUAGCAUUCUUCAUACCUGCCCUCUUUCAGAUGUCUUCAGCAUUCGCAGUAAUGCUUCUCGGCCAAGACCUGCCUGAUGGAAAUUUCCACCAGCUGCAGAAGUCUGGUAACAUGCAUAAGGAUAAUGCGAAAAAGGUUUUAUAUCAUGGGAUCUCCAAUUAUAGGAGCUGGAUCACUGCUCUAGGAUAUGGGUUCUGUUUUGGGGUAGAGCUAGCUGUAAACAAUAUCGUUGCUUACUACUUCUAUGACAGAUUUAAUCUUAACCUUAACCUUUCGGGAAUUGUUGCAGCCACUUUUGGGAUGGUUAAUCUUUUCUCCAGGCCUAUAGGUGGAGGCUUGUCAGAUUUCAUGGCGAAAAAGUAUGGAAUGAGGGGAAGACUGUGGAGCUGGUGGAUUGUCCAAACGAUAAGUGGUGUAUUGUGCAUUGCUUUGGGACUGAUUGACACUUUAGCUGCAUCUAUUGCAGUGAUGAUUAUCUUCUCUUUAUUUGUUCAAGCAGCCGAAGGACUUACCUUUGGGGUCGUUCCUUUCGUCUCCAGAAGAUCUUUGGGGGUGGUUUCGGGGAUGACUGGUGCUGGCGGAAAUGUGGGUGCAGUCCUUACUCAAGUGAUCUUCUUUAGAGGAUCUCAAUUCACAACAGAACGAGGAAUAACAUACAUGGGUGUUAUGAUCAUAGCAUGCUCCCUCGGCAUAGUUUCCAUAUACUUCCCACAAUGGGGAGGUGUUUUUUGUAGUCCGAAAGCAAACUUUACAGAAGAAGACUAUUACCUGAAGGAAUGGGAUGCAGAGGAACAGAAGAGAGGCCUACAUGAUGUAAGCAUGAAAUUCGCAGGGAGCUGUAGGAAUGAGCGAAGUACAAAAGGGAAGUCUGUAACCAAAGAAGCUGAAAUGAGCGCACCAGAUGGUGUUUAACAGCCAUCUUAACUUACCAAAAAUUAUCUUGAAUCACAUCUUUGGAUUCAGAUAACUACUUUAUUACAUAUGUAAAAUUUCUAUGAUUGGCAAUACUGUAAAACAUGUUCACAAUAUUUUCCUCCAAUCCCACCCCCCCUGUAUUUUCCUUCUUCUACACCAGCCUUUUGUUUGUAUUACAUGUUUUUCUACACGUCGAGGUUCAAGAAUAUGUAUAAUGUGUGUGAAAAUAUAUCCAUUUGUUGUUUUUUGUUCCAACUUUCAUCUCCAAAUUCAUAGUUCCAUGACUUCCAUCCCCCCACCUAAGAAAAAAAAAAAGAAAAAGAGAGAGAAAAGAAGUUGAGGUAUUUCUUCUUAGACCACUUUGGAUGUUAGAUUAAAAUCUAC